UUUGGAUUGAGUUGGCUCGACCAAUCAAGCCGUAAAGGUUUCUUUGAAAAGCAUCGCCUGUAACCAAUAGGAGGCCGAAAUCGACAAAUACGGUCUUGCAUUAUGUGCGCCUGGGGUUGGUUGCUGUGCGAGUGUUGUGUUCUCCUAUGAAAGCGACUAAUCGAAUUGUAUUUCCAGAAAAAAAAACACACACAACAACAACAAACUGAUUAGCAAAUUAUAGAAUGCAUGCACAAGUUAUCCGUUGUUGAAAUUAAAAAGAGUAGCCUUUGAAGAAACGUGUCAGCGUGAAACGACUUGGCUUUUCAUUGGAAUUCAAUUGGAACCAUGACCAGAGUUGUUGGACUUUUUGUUGUUAUUGACAGUCGUUCCCUGCUAGCGGAAAACUGAAAAAACCGAAGGAAGGUAAAAACAAGAAGGAAAAAUCUGAACACGAAAAAGUGGACGUACAAAAGAAACUAAAAAUGGACACGUGGGGCUUGCUGGAUUGCAAACGAAAGGAAUAAUAUAUAUCAGCUGCUGCCUAUCGCACGCACAUUCCCUGCCGGCAUUAUUUGCUCUGACAAAAGCAAUUCAACUCGGGAGUUUAGUGGGAAUGUGAACUGGAAAGGAGGAAAAUUUUAAAGGGCCAGGCCUGUCUAGGAGUUGACUCAGUGCAAUAACAAUGCCGCUUGUGAGUGCGAGUCGCAUUUAAACGUUUCAGAGAAGAUGCUCUCUGGAAAUUGGUACGGAGCUUCGAAGAAGACGAUAAGCUGUUGCUGGUGGGUUCAAGAAGUCGAGGUUCAAGAAGGUGGAACAGCUGCCGAAACUGCGAUGCGCGGAAUCGCAUGGAAAUAAAGCUUUCUUCUCUCCGGUCAUGUACAGAAAAUUGGAGUGGAGUAGCUGCAGACAUUUAGCGGGGAGCAACGCCGACAUUGGAAACCCUGCAUUUCUAUGUGCGUUAUCAAGUUGCCCUUUUUAUUUUAUUCGUUUUAGCAAAGCCGAUGGGGAAAUAGCUUCUUAAAGGGAUACUCUUGCUUGACGUCUCGCGUCUUUUCCAAAACAGGAGUAAGAGGUAAAGACAAACGAUAAUAAAAACGGGCAGCAAUGGUGGAGAAGCGGUCUGUUAUCCAGAGAGAGAACGUGUACCGCUGGUUUUCGGAGCUCAACUCUGCCCAGCGGGUUGAGUUUCUGUGCGGAUUGCUCGACCUCUGCGUGCCCAUAGAGUUGCGCUUUCUGGGAUCUUGCUUGGAGGAUCUGGCUGGUAAGGACUACCAUUCUCUGCGUGACGCGGAGAUCAAGGCUAACAACCCUGCCGAUCUGGCCACCUUGACCAACAUCACAGACGAAGUUGUCCGCAGCAAGCUUCUCAUCUCAUUAGCCCUGCUAAAUUCGGACAAUAGAGAGGCUGCCGGAGUCCUCUUCAGAACCCUUACGCACAUCGAUGCCAUCAUCAAUAAUUAUGGGUUGCAGCUUAAUGACGGUCAGACCGGGGAUCAGUUUCUCCUACUCUUCACAAUGGCAUCCAAUCACCCUGCUUUCAGUUUCCACCAGAAGCAAGUGCUGAGACAGGAGUUGUCUCAGAUCCAAGGCAUUGUAAGUACUAGCUGCAACAACGCUAACCGGAGUACCGGCAGCAGCAGCAGCACCGCAACGUCAACUACCGUCACCACAACUACAACCUUCACGCCUUGCGUGGCGGGCAGCCACUUCUUGCACAAGGUUUUGCAAUUGGACGACUGCACUUUGAUGAAUGAAGAUGCAAACAGUAUUGAAAAUGCACAACAUAUGUCAUCUAUUUCCUUUGAGGAGCAGUCAUCCAAGGGAACAGCAAUCAAGCAAAGCCGGAAAGUUAAUAUUGAGAGAAUAGAACUAAAAGGAAUCUUGAACAAAAAAAGUGAAAAAUCAGCAGAGUACACGUUUGAGGUUUUGUGGUCUGAUUCUACAUUAACAACAGUAACCAAAGCACAGCAGGACCUGAUUGAAUUUCUCUCAAAGCUUUCCCAGUUGGUAUCGGAUGAUGAUCAAGAUAAAAUGGUCUCACAUUCUGCUGGUGUAGACUCUUAUUACAUGCAAGAUAAGAAUCACUCUGACCUGGAAGCAGAACUUCGACACAUUUCGUCUCUGCCUUCUCAUGUGCUCAGAAACAAUUACAUCAAGAAAUUCUUCUGCACUUCAUCAGUUAUUCCCUGUGUUCAAAAUUUAAGCUGUAAUUCAUCUUCCCAGCACAAGGUCACCUUUAAUACAGCUGUAAGGCCAAUAUGCGGUGUUGCCAGCAUACAGUCCUCUAAUAGCUGCAGCACCACAAUACUACAGCCUUCUCUUUUUAGCCCUUCCUUUUCUGCUUCCCAAACUAUGAGCAUUUUGUCAGCUACUGGGCCGCAGACAGAUAAUUUGACAAAUACCUCUGGCUUAUCAUCAACAGGGAGUCAAUUAUCCAAUUCCUUACAGACUCCACCAAAUCCUGAACAGAAUGGAAUCCUUGACUGGCUUCGCAAAUUACGCUUGCAUAAAUACUACCCUGUUUUUAAGCAACUAACCAUGGAAAAGUUUUUAGCCCUUACGGAAGAGGAUCUAAAUAAAUAUGAUCUCACCCAAGGAGCAAAGAAAAAACUGAAAACUCAACUCGAACUUCAAAAGGAGAAAUCUGAAAAAUUGUACCAGUUCCCAGUUGCUAGCAGUGGAGUGGCAAGGAUUACACCUACAAGUCAUGUAGGGCAAUUCCAGCCAGUUCAAGCCAAGACUAAUGCAGUUGAGCUUCGAGUAGACAUGGAGCAGUGCCUCCACCCAUAUGCCAGAGAUAGCAGCAUUUCUUCUGGGUACUCCAGUGCACCUUCAAGCCCCAUGGGUUUACACACAAAAGAUGAGACCUUUGACACCUUGGAACAACAGAGUGAUAGACGCAAAGAACCCACAUCAGAAUGUCCCGACAAGGAAAAGCCAACAAGCUUAUCAAAUACUUUCAUGGCAGCUGGUGUACCAAGGCCUACUGCUCAGGUUCUGCCAGUUCAAAAUGAUAUUGGUGCCAAUGCUUCUUCCCAUCUGCCCUUGCCAGUCAUUUCAUCUAACAUUUCUCCCAGCCGUGUUCUCUGUUCAGUACGAAAACCAGAGAGAGGGAACUCCAGGAUGCCGUCUCCUGUAAGCAUGGAGGACCGGAAUAAGACACUGCAGGGAUCCACGGGGCCAAGCAAUGGUAUUAAAAUUGAGAAGAGGUUUCCCAACAUUGGUUUGGAAGUGGCUUCAGUUCAUCCUGCAUCAAGUUCUGCUGUCCUCUUGGAGAAAAAUACUUUGCCAGUAUCCCUAAUGAAUUUUGCAGGUCGGACCAAAGUUUCACUGUCUACUGUGGAUAAUGUUAACAGAGUAUCCCAGCAACCUGCAUUAAUGAUAGAGACUAGUACAGCUUCCACAGCCACUUCAAGUACAGUGUACCAUGUUUCCCAUCCACCAUUAAAGCUUCAGGUCACUCCUUCCCUUCCUGUUGAUGCUAGUGGCACUGGCCAUAUGGUUUACACAAGUGGUGUGCCAAUCAAAAGUGUCCCACCUGCAGUUGUUAACUCUCGGACAGUCCCUUAUUCAUCUAAUACCAAAGUGGCCUUUUCUGCAAUGAAUACUGUGCCAGUGGCUGCCGUUCCAGGCACUUACUGUUCUAACAAUAGUAUCACCUCUUCAAGCACUCAUCCAUCUGGCUCAUUCAGUAAUGUUUUGACGGUUCCAAGCAAUCCUGUAUCCAGUGCUAGUCCAUCACUAUCUUCUCUUGCAGAGAACAGCUGUUAUAGCAGUGCAAACAGCAACAAUUCAGGCUCAGGGAUUUUAAACCAGAACUUGCAACAGCAGCCUGGUUGCGUUUGCAGCUCAUGUGGAUGCAGUGGCAGCUGUGGAUCAUAUAAUACUGUAUCUGCUAGUUACGCAAGUUAUUUUCAGCAUCCAUUUUCUGGGCCUUCUAUGUUUACUUUGCCAUUCUUGCACUUCAGUCCACUAUGUAACAGCAACUAUGUUAACCCCCAACAGUAUAACACAACCACUGGAUUUUCAUAUCCUGUUCUUCCACCACCCAUGUACAACAGCAGCUUAACAGGAGAUUCAUCAAUGAGCAGUCAGUCUGGCUUUGUAAUGUCUCCAGUACAAAACUUUAUUACUGGAGCCAGUGGAUUGUAUCAGACUCAAGGAGUAAUGGGAAGCACAAGUGUGACUGGACUCAAAAAAAGUGUGAAUGUGUCAUGUUAUAACUGUGGCAUCAGUGGGCAUCGAGCCCAUGACUGCAAGCUGCCUCCCAUGGAUUCCAACCAGCAAGGUACUUUUAGGCUUAAGUAUGCCCCUCCAUCUGAAAACAUUGAUGCAGCAGAUUAGCAUUAAUAGGAAACUUUGAACACUACUUUCUGAUAAUAAUUUUGGAACAUACAGAAAAUCAGCAAUUGCUGCUAAAGUGUCUUAUAAUCCAAAGGUGCUCUUAACAUUGCUUUUAUUAAAUAUUAAUAAAAACCUUCAAAUGUGCACUAAAUGAGUUUGGAACUAUGGAAACACAAGGAUUUCAGUAUCACUUCACCGGAUUAAAGGAGUUUCCUUUCAAAAUGCUAAAACAGUUCUGGAGAUGUUUCUAGCAAAAUCGGAAUGCAGGUCAGCUCAUUUUGCUAUUGCUGUUUGACUACGCCUUCCCUUAAAACCAUAUUGUUGCACAGCAUCUCUGACUGACGGUUUUGCCAGGUUGGUAUGACCACCAGGAUUUUAAGAAGUAUUUAGAAUACAACAUCCAUCUUGAAUGAAUUGCAUGCAAAAACACGUUUUUUUUUGUUUGUUUUUGUUUUGGACCAAAAAAUUGCUGCCAGCCUUCUAACAUCAGGGAGCUAAUAUACUGAUAUAAAAUUUGUAUUUUAUUUUAUUGUUGAACCAUCAGAAAAAAAGUGUUAUUUGGGGAAAAAAACUAUUACAUCAUUCAGAUUGUGAUGAACUUGUUAUAUCUGGUCAACACCUUUCAUACUUUUGUUAACCAAAGGUUUUACUUUUUAUAGCAAAUUUUCAAAAAAAGCAAGCUCUUCAAGAGAACAUGCAUUUUCCUCAAAGGAGCUGUUAAACAGUGUCCAGGAGGCAUGUAAAUUGCAUAACCUAAUGGCCAAUCCAUGCUGCAGAAGGUAUUUCAGACCCGAGGUAUCCAAAGGUAUCCAAGAUAUUUCUGGACUGUUGGUCACCUUUGUAAUGGCCUGUAUCACCAUGAUUCUGGCAGGUCCAACUGCAUGUUGCAGUUUUGCCUCACAUCUGAAGUGUUGCCUGCUAACAAAGAAGAAGCACAUUGUUUUUGAGAAUAGGAAACAAAGCUCCUUAAUUGGUACUAUGAGAUUAACUUUAAAAGCUGUAAGCGUUCCUAUUUUGAAAAAAUGUAUUUUCAUUUAAAAUAUUUUUGCUUUGUAAGAGUUCUUUGUUGUAAUUCAGUCAAAAUAUGUUUCUCAGAAUGCCAAGCUUUCAACACAAACAAAAGCAGCUGUUAAAGAAUCGUAUAUUUUUACAACAAAGGCUUAGAACACUAUGGAAAAGGCACUCCCACAGAUUACAAGAAAACUAGCAUUAAAGAGUAAAUGCUAGCAUUUAAAUAACACUAGCUGUCACAAGGAAAUUUUAUCAAGCUAGUGCUGAAGAAGCUUUUUUUUUUCUUUUUAAUUUUUAUAAUUAAAAAUGGGAUGUUAAAUUGAACUUUUUGGAGGUAUAAAAAGUAAAAGGGGAAAAUAGCAAUAUCAUAAUAAUGUCGUGAUAAAUGUGUACAAUCAAAGGUUUUGCACUCAAAAAGGUAAAUGCAGAAUGAUGAAGGUGGAGUAUAUAGCUUCUGGUUUCGUUAUUACUUUCUGUAGAUAUUUUUUAAUUGUAAGCCUCCAUAGUGUUCCGUUGUAUGAAGGUAAAGCAAUAUUGACUACAGACUAGGUACUGUAUAAUACAGUAUGAUUGAGCACUUUCAAGUUUUCCGCCUGGAAAUGUACUUUUAGCAGUAGUGCGUCUUCACAUGAUGAUUGGACAUUCUGGCAUUUGAGGAAAACAUUUAAAGAUAUACAAACAUAUUUUAAAUAUAAACAACUGGCUUAUAUUGAAUGAGUUGAAAAGAUGAGCCCUUUCUACCUAAAUCGACCUUACAUGACAACAUUUUGUAAAGCCGAGUUAUGUAAUGCUGUCAUAUUUUCUGUGUGCCAUUAUAAGCACAUUACCAUCCAUCCAUCCAUUUUCCAACCCGCUGAAUCCAAACACAGGGUCACGGGGGUCUGCUGGAGCCAAUCCCAGCCAACACAGGGCACAAGGCAGGAACCAAUCCCGGGCAGGGUGCCAACCCACCACAGCACAUUACCAUUAAGGCAUAAAUAAUGUUAUAUUGCAGAACCGAUAGGUUUAGUAUACUCUGUUAAUGUUACUGUGUGAAGAUCAAAAUAAGAGUAGAAAUGUAUUAGAAAAAGUACAUGAAGGCAAAUCAUGUAUAGGACAAUCUGUAAAUCAAGACAUAUUUGUACACCAUAAGAUAACAAAAUGCACAGAAAACGGCAAGCUGUGAAUAACAUGAUUGGACUUUGAAAACAGGAGAGGAUAAACUAAUACUCUGAUACAGUCUGGCAAUCAGUAGAUAUGUGAGAGACAAGAAAUAAAAAGGAGAACCCAUGUCUCUUUGCAAAGAUUUUAAAGGUCGACUAGGAGAUAUGUCAGUUUUAGAUUCCUGAAACUUUGCUGGCCUAAUAUUUUUUUCAAGUGUUCCUAUUCUGGCUGCUUUGUAGAUUGUUUCUUUUUACCAAUUUACCAUGGAAUCUUUCAACUCUGUGUGAUCUCUUAUUUUCUUUGAAUUUUGUAUAAAAUCUAGUUAAUGCUUAAGUGCUGAAAUUGUCAUCUGCAUAUUCUUGGUACAGUUCUCUGUUUAAUGAACUUCUUCUGUUCAGUUUGAGCUUGAUCAAAGAAACCCAGUAAUUGUAAGAGUACCCAGUUGGCAUUCUGACUCUCCACAGGGUAGACACUCUGAUCCUGCUUAUGAAACUGCCUUAGCAGAAAAAUAAAUUUCAACCAACAUGUGUGCCUCGAAUGUUAUUGGAGGUUCUUCAGUGACGGCUUAUCUCCAGUCAGUACUGAUUGAUUGGCAUAAUGACUCCACAUAACUGUAAGUGUAGUUUUUAUUCACUCUCUGCCUCUUCAUGAAUACUGGAGAUUGCCAUUGAUUGGGUAAUCCUCUGCUCUGGGUAUGUUAGCAUAUUAAAACCUGCAGAUGCUGAAAAUGUUUUUGUAUAAUCACCAUAUAAUAUUUAUAAAUCAUAGCUGCCCAGUUAUCAAUAAGAGGCUCAAUGCCAUGGUGUAUUUUUUUCCAUUAUUUGCAAUGUUUUCUGCUAAUGCCAGUUGUUUUUUGCUAUUAAUUCAAAGGUUUGUUAUACAUGUCAUUAAUAUUGACUGAAAGUGUGUAUAUUCGUGGGUUAUUUUCAAGCAGUGUUAAAGGACAUUUGAGAUGAGCAUCUACUACAUUGUAUAUGAAACGAAAAGCCAAACAUCAGCACUCUUUUUUGUUAAAUUUGUUGUCUUUUGUCUGUUAUGGAAUCAUAAUGAACUGUAAUGAGUAGAAAUGAUAUGUUUAUAUGUUUAAGUUGAGAAAAAGAUACCAGGUUACCUCCUAAAAUGUUCUUUGUUUUAGAGCAAUGCAAACUAGUGCUUAUUUUGUGUGUUAAAGCACACAAUAAAAUACUUGGUAUGUAUGAAAAAAUGGUGAUCAAAAAAAUGUUCCCAUGCAGCAUUAUUUCUUUCUUCUUCAAGCACAGUAUUUUUUUCUAUGUGGUUCCUCCUUUCAGGCUGAUUGGAGUAGUUUUUAUUAUGUAGUGCUAUGUUAGUUUUCUGGCCUCCAUUUGAAACAUUUAGGUAGAUCAGUUUUUCGAACUCUGUCUAGUGUCUUUUAGCAGUGUGGUUCUACUUUUAGUUGGCUGCGUUUGAGACUUCAGAGCUUCUGUACCAGUGCUAAGCCCAUGAUUGGCAAAGCUCACAAAACGUCUCUGCAGAAGCAGACAUCACAAGGGUUCAUUAAAUGCCAGGAGACAGAAGCUUCGAGACUCACUGUGAUCCAUACCUCGUGGAUGUAAAUAUAUACUGCACCAAAGAGGAGUUUUAAAUGGUGGAGCUUUCUUUGAAGGUCAAUUCAGCAAUGUAUGUAUCAUUUUCUGACAGCUUCAAUUUUCUGUGCACAUCAGAUAUUUUCAUUUUGCUGCACCUCACUGUGUCACAUUGAUUACAUCUUAAGUAUUCAUUUUAAGAAAUGUGUCCCUGGCAUUUAAAGUUGUGUGGUAAAGUUAUGCGGGCACGUUUGGAACGCAUGAGUGAGUGAUUGACAAAGGAGACAAUUUGAUAUGUGAGUAAAAAAAUAAGAAGCUUGUUGCUUCCCUUUUAUCGCUGUGCAGCUUGCGGAAGAUUGCAUAGCUGUUUUUUAAAAAUUAAGUUUAAUUUUUUUUUAUUUUUGUGUGUUUGUACAUUUUUUUUCCCUCAAUAGCGAAAGAAUUUUUUAAGUUUAAAGAGAAAGGACAGCACAGAGCAAGAUUCUCAGUGACAUAGGUGUAUCUCAGAUUUCUCUUACAAAGUGUUUUGCCGUCUUGAGUCACUGUUUAAUCCCACUUUGUAAGGAACUCUACCCGACAAUCAUUGAUGAUGAAAUUAUGCAAAAUGUUUUACACACACGAUACAAAUUACACACAAAUGCAGUAUGAGAUGCCUGCCUUGUCAUCUUUCAUAUGUAGCACUGCCUAAAGAAAAAAGAUGAUUGUGAACUUUUGACACAUCCAGUAUUUACCACGUUUACUUUCUCUGGCAAUUUUGUGAUUUUAAUAUAAAGUGUCAAAAAAAAAAAAUGAAUAAAUCUGCAUGUGUUGGGCAUAGUGGCCACAAAGUAGCUUAUUGCUAUUUAAUCCGGACUCUUGGCUGACAGCUAAAUGCUUGCUUACUCUUCAUCACUAUUAUAAUUCAAGGAAAACUGAACAGGAUAGUAAGUGUCUCUACGCUGAACAGUUUGAGAUGCUCAUUCUUUAAUUAUUUUUAACCCGCAUUCAGAAUCUGAAAUUAAGAAUUUUUAUUUUUAAAGCAUGCUUUUCUGGCAUGUCUGUAAUGCAAAAACUUCACUUGCAAACACAUACUGACUGUGUAGUUGUAGUCAUUUUUCACAGUACAUGAAUUACAGUUAAUUGAAUUUACAUGUUUUUAAAUGCCAAAAAGUAGAAGAGAUAGUGAUUAAUUCAACUGUUUUUGUUCUGCUUUCUUGUAUUAUAAACUGCUAGCUACUGCUGAUCAAGUUUCCUUAAUGCCAUUUUAAUGAUUAGUACAGUAGAGCUUCUGUAACAAGGAAAAAACUUAGGAAUGAAGGGAAACUCCAUUUGUGAGCCAUUUUCUUAUUCAUCAACUUUUAAAAGUACAGAAUUUUUCAUCAGUGUGCAUGAAACUUUGUAUUUUUCAAGAUCUUGUUGCAGUUUUUUAAAAUGUAAGAAUAUGCAAAUGAAUAACUUGAAGUGUAAAUCUCAUUUUUUUUUUCUUUUUGUGACGAUGUUACUUUUAUAUUUUAGUAUUUCCUGUGUAGCUGAACUUGUACAUUAAAGAGCAAACUUUUUUAUAUAUUGACAGAAAAA